AUAAAUAAGAGGGUCCUAUGUCAGGGAAAUUAGAAGUCAGUUAACAUAACUGUAUACUGAGACUGAGCAUUAGAGGGCUUUUCUAAACCAAGGCUGUUGAAACUGAGCAGUGAAGUAAUCAGAUAGUUAUUAGGAAGUUUAGAUAUAAAAUCAACAGUAAGAAAGCAUUUUCUCUUGGCUGACCGAUUAGCCGUGCUUAAGGCAGCAUGAAUCCAGUACUUAGUACCUUGUUGUUUUCAGUGCUUCUGCUGCUGACCCACAGAAUUCAGGAGCUGGUGGAGGCGUGCAGCUGUGCCCCUGCUCACCCACAGCAGCUCAUCUGCGAUUCUGCUUUAGUGAUUCGAGCAAAAAUCUCCAGUGAAAAGGUGGUUCCUGCCAGUGAUGAUCCUCUUGAUACCCACAAAAUGAUCCGGUAUGAAAUCAAACAAAUAAAGAUGUUUAAAGGAUUUGAAAAGCUCAAGGAUGUCCAGUACGUCUAUACUCCUUUUGAUUCAUCACUCUGUGGAGUGAAACUAGAAGCUAACAACAAAAAACAAUAUCUUUUGACAGGCCAAAUUUUAAAAGAUGGUAAAGUCUUCAUCCAUUUGUGCAACUACAUUGAACCAUGGGAUGAUUUAUCCUUGUCUCAAAAGAAGAGUCUUAAUCAGAGAUAUCAAAUGGGCUGUGGCUGUAAAAUUACUACCUGCUACAUGGUGCCCUGCUCGAUCACUGCACCAAAUGAGUGCCUCUGGACAGACUGGCUGAUAGAAAGAAAGCUAUAUGGGCACCAAGCCAAGCAUUAUGCCUGUAUCAAAAGAAGUGAUGGCACUUGCAGCUGGUACCGAGGUGGCCCUCCUCCAGAGAAAGAGUUUAUUGAUAUCAGCGAACCUUAAUGUGAUGACUUCCUGAAAAGCCUUGGAGUCUAAUUCCAUCAAACAUUGCACGCUCACAGCUUUGAACUGCUAUCACCUAAUGUAUCUGUUGCUUAGAAACAAAAACAAAUUGUUCUGUACAGCUAAAGUAUGAGUCUGGAAUUGGCACUCAGGCAAGAAGAGGAACAAAUCUCCUGGAGGUAGCUACUCUGUAAAGUUAAGCUUAUACAGAGAUGCUGAAGCUGAGAAUGCUUCUCUGUGUUCUCUAAGGCAUAACAACUUUUUUUUUUUUUUUUAACCAAUAUGAAUGUACAAGAACAUAAGAAUGGUCAGAAUUUCAUUCCCUAUUUUUGUCAAUCUACAAAUUAAAAGAGCUCCAUGUUUUAUUCCAAACCUUUCUGAUGAACUAAGGAAUGUUUUAUUAUUUUUUUCUGUAUGAAAGUCUUCUGAUACAAAAGAAUUAUUGUACAGUGUAUAUGCAAAGUAUUAUAACAAUUUGCUAUAAAAGAUUCAAAAAUUUGUGUUUUUUUUUCUCCUUACCUGUCAAAACAAGUUAAACACUUCAGUGGUUAAACCAAUCUGUGCUCCAUAUUUUGUAUGUUACUUAUGUCACAGGUUUCUUUAUUCACAGAGUCAUAACUUUCAUAGAUAAUUAAGUUAAAACACAGCCUUGAUAAUCAAAAUCCCCUUAUCCAAUUCAAUAUUCCUGUGAACUAGCUAUACCUUGCAGACUAUAAAGGCAGAUGUUCUAAUGCUUCAGCAUUUUAUAGAACCAACAUAAAUAAUGACAAGAGAAAACUGUUUAUAUUUACAGAAAUUUACAUGUCCAUCAUCACUGCAGCUGUAGUACUUGAUAUCACCUCUCUAAAUGUGUGACUAGGUCAUUUUACUUCAGGACUGUUAAAGCCUUGGCUUUAGAAGCUCAUGUAAAAAUAUAUGCAGUAGAUAUUUAAUAACUUACAGUGCAAGUGAUUCCUGAAAAGCUCUCAAAUACUUGUUCAUAUUUAAUAAUACAUUAAAUUUGCCUUAAUGUCUUUUCAUUCAUGAAUGCCCAUUGACAUCUGUCAUGACAAAUUUUUAAACUCUGACUCAUCCUAGAGAAGUGUUACAACUUACCCUAAUGAAGUGUUGCAACAUAGUUUAUCUUUUAGCUUCUCAGAGUCUAAACUUUUACAAUUUGAUUACCGUAGUUAAUAGCUAAUCUCACACAUAUUUAAGUUUACAAAAGUAACUCAAUUCACAGUGGUAAAACUGAAGAAAUUAUUUUGGUAAAUGCCAAAGUUUAGGUAGUUGACAAACUGCUUGUGUUCUAGAAACUGGAUGAGAACCAUCACACAGGUUAUGGAUCUGUAACAGCUACAACCUAUAUUUUACUCUGUUUAACUUUCCCUAUUGGAUUUCUUUAACUUCAUUCCAAUUUUACCUAAAGAUUACUCUCAUUUGUUCCUCAUAUAGGAAUUUAGAACAAUGGGCAGAGAAAAAUAUUUAGACAGUUCUGUUCUCAUGUGGAUAGAUCAGGUCCAUUUGAAAGUUUAACACAAAUACUGUGACAUUUCCAGCCUAUGGAUUCAUGAAGAGUUAGAGCUGUUAUUGCCUGAUGGCUCGAGGGUCCAGUUUUACACAUAGUGCCUUUAGUCUAUUUGUCAUUGAGAACUUUAAAAAUCAUCAAGACUUAAAAUUGUGAAGAACAUAUGCAUUUCUUUAAGUGAAUGGGCAUUUCUAAUUCUAUUCAAUUCAAUGAAGGUGUAUUUUGAGCUUAAAAUUCAGCGUGUCCUACAUAAUUGUCUUACUAAGAUAUGUCAUUGGAUAUAAAAUGUAUACUUGCAAAAGACUGUAUAAAUGAUUUUUGUGACAUACUCUGUUCUAGUGUUUCUGUUAUUUUGACAAUUGCAUUAAUCCAUAUUUAAAUGACAGACAAUGGCAACUUUGAGAAGACAAUUGUGAGAAUGAAUAUUAUUUACUUUUCUUGUGGCUAAAUUAAUACUUACAGAAAAGCAACAAAGUAAAAAUCUAUUUUGCUGGAGAUUGUAAAUGGUACUUACAUAAGGGCUUUUAUAUUUUGUUUGACUGUAAAACUAAAUAAAUAGAAAAAAAAUGUUGAAACCCUAUCAUGUUUCAGUUCACCCUACUGAAAAGAUAUUAUCUAGCAUUAACAUAGAAGGAGUUAAACCUGAAGUACCAUGCUGCAUACAUUCUGGAAAGCUGGAGAGUACUGAUUGACACCACAUUUUCCUGGACAAGAACAGGAUUUCAAACUAGUCUUUAUGACCUUUAUAACCUCUUAUGAUUUUUUUUUAUUAUUAUUAUUAUUUUUUUUUAUCUUGCUUUGGCUUUCCAGGGAAACAGAAUGCAGCAUACUGUAAUUAUUACAAAUCAACAAAGAUAUCUUUGUUAUCUAUCCCCUUAUCUAUUUACCAAUAAGUAAAAUAUUAUCAAAGUCCACUUUGAUGGAAGCGCAAAUGUUGCAACGCCAGCAGGAAUGCACAGCAUUAUUCCUUUGAGGAAGAGUUGCCUAUUUCCCUUAAUAGUCAAUGAUUCACUUUUUAUUUUACUGUAAAACAGUUUGGGUGUUUUAAUUUACAAUCCUAAAUUAAGACAUCAUAUAUUUGUGCUGCCAAAUAUAAAGUCAAAUUAGUUUUCUGCUUUGCUGGAGAGAAAUAAAAAAUUACCAAAGGCCAAUUUUGGCCAUCAACAUAAAAUAUAUAUACACAUACAAUUACUUGUUCCUGUAUGAAAUAUGUAGGCGACUUUUCUUCCAAAAAGGAAUUCAUAUUGCAAAGACAAUAUUGGCAGUGCUAAUUACUAGUCCUAAGGGCUGUGCAUUUAUAUUACCAGCUUAUAAAUAUAUUUAAAAACCAGACAAUUUCCUCAUGUGAAACCAAAACAAUUCCUAGAUGAGCCUGCAAGAGCCUAAUAACCAUACAAGGUCUGAAUUAAGCACAUGGCUAAUUAAUAUUCAUUACAUGUACAGUGUAGCAUGUGUUUCCAAUUCCAUUUUGAUGUAAUGGUGCAGUUUGAAUAGCACUCUGCAGUAAACAGAUAUUUUCUGUUUUUCAACUAAACAUAGAUGUUUCUGUUUCAGUUUUAUAGUGAAUAGACCUUAAACAUAACUAAACCAAAUCUCAUUGCCUUCUUUAUAUACAUUGUAAAAAUAAAUGUUUUCUUAAUUAUUUAUGAACAAACUGUAAUAUGAAUUAUAUGCUAUAAUUAGUUUUUUAAACAUUUUAUAUUUGACCUGCCAUAAAGUAUCCAAUAUGAGGUGUUUCAGAAUUAUUGGCUGUCCAGUUUGACUUCUGUCUGAACACAAAUCUGGCCAAACUCCCCAUAACAGAUGGUAAAAAGAUGUUUUUUGUCUUGUUUUUCUUAACAAUAAAUAUGGCAAGAAAAGCGUUAAAAAAAUAAACCCUCAGAAUGACUUUUUAUUUUCCCUGAGAUUCAGCACUGCUAAGGAUUAUGAAAUAGAUUGCAGCUUUCUGAUUAUGUUUUUUUUUUUUUCCUAUCAAGAUUUUUUACUGCAGUAGCACCAAUACAUUACUAACAGCAGGUUACUUUUACAUUUUAUUUCUAGUUCCUGAAACUGUAUGUGAGGUCAGAGAAGAAAUACGGCCUGGUACAACCCUUGAUUUUAAUAUGAAAAUAGUGACUUAUGAUAAGAGUAGAGAAAAGGAUUGGAGAAUGGAGAGUGUACAGGUGAAUGGAAAAAAAUAAAAUGCUUUAAUAUUGCUGUUUUUUUCCUUACAUGUUCCAGUUAAAUUUUAAUUAAAAUUGCCCAACAAUUUUAUUGAAAAAAAUAUAUAUUUUCUUUCAUGAAAGAACAUAGGAGGUGGGAAUGUAGUGAAAUAAAGGGAAAUUACUGAGGGAAAAGCUGUAAUAUGACUCAACCAGCAAUGAGUUCAAAGGCCUUACAUCAUUUUAUAUAGUUUGAAUCACUCUGAGAUGAAUGUUUCUGUUUCAAAAAGUGUUUCAUUAAAGCAGCUACAGUUUUACACAAAA